AUGGCAUCAUGGACGUGGCUCUUCUCACAUGAGAAGGAAGCAGAGAGACCCAAAUUUGUCGAUUUAAGGUCCUCGAAAUGGUUUAUCAUGUUCGUCGUCGCCUUUGCUACCGGAACGGACAUCUUCAUGUACGGUCUUAUCGUACCGGUCACGCCAACCGCAUUGAGAGACAGAGUGGGCAUUUCAGAGGGAAGCGUUCAGAGCUGGACAUCGAUUCUUCUCGCCCUGUAUUCGGCUGCUUUGUUGGCCUUUGCGCCUAUUGUCGGGUAUGUCGCUGAUCGAGCCGAGUCUCGCCGGUGGCCUUUGCUGGUUGGUCUCGUUGCGCUGGCUGCUGCGACUGCCUUGCUAUGUGUCGGCACUAAUAUCGCGCUAUGGAUCAUUGGUCGCUUAUUUCAAGGCGCUGCCGCUGCGGUGGUAUGGACGGCCGGCUUAGCACUGAUGGUAGACACCGUGGGAAAAGAUGACCUCGGUCAAGCUAUUGGCUAUGUCUCCAUGGCUAUCAGUGUUGGGACGCUAGCUGGACCUCUUCUUGGUGGGGUUGUCUACGAGAAUGGUGGAUAUUAUGCCGUUUUCGGUCUUGCGUUCGCAUUCAUCGCCCUCGAUGUCAUCUUGCGAUUGCUGUUGAUCGAGAGGAGACAUGCUAUCAAAUGGCUUGCGCCAGAUAUGACACCACUUCCUGUAAGUGGAGAUCAAUCCUCGGCAAAGAGGUCAGAGAAAACCUCAGAGCCUCCCAUUCCGCCUACCAAUGGCUCUGAACCCUCUGAAUCACAACCGCCUUUUCCCCCCUCACGGAGUGCGUUCGGUCGUGUCGCUAUUUUGUUAAGCUCGCCCCGUCUUGUUGUAUCCGUCUGGGGAUACUUCAUCCUGUCAAUUGUUCUGACUUCAUUUGACAGUGUCCUUCCACUUUUCGUGCAAGGGACAUUCGGGUGGCAGCAAAGUGGCCAGGGACUAAUCUUCAUCUCGCUCAUGGUGCCACACGUCUUCGACCCAUUGACAGGAUUUAUUAUUGACAAGUACCCCAACUCCUGUCGCUACCUCGCCGCGGGGGGCUUUCUCGCUUCCGUUCCUGUGAUGGUGCUUCUGCGUUUUGUGACAGAUAACUCGAUCAAGCACAAGAUUCUCUUAUGUGCUCUUCUCGCUUGUGUUGGGCUGUGCUUUGCGGUGGCCAUGCCCCCUCUCGUUACCGAGGUCUUCUUCGCUGUGAAGGAGAAGGAGGAUCAAACUCCUGAUAUCUUUGGUCGUGGCGGUGCCAUGGCUCUAGCUUUUGGGCUGUCAAAUAUGGGAUUCGCGGCUGGGAGUCUAAUUGGGCCAUUCUUUGCGGGUUAUAUUCGGCAGGAGACUGGUUGGGGGGCAAUGGGAUGGGCAUUAGGGUUGAUAGCUGGAAUAUCGUCUGUCCCCAUCCUGUUAUUCGUGGGUGGCUGGAUCUUGAGAAAGCCGGUCGUGUCAGAGAACGAAGUCCAAUUGACUGACAGCGUCCCUCGCUCAUGA